AUGUGUAACACUCCCAAAGCCGUCCUUCCUUUCUAUGACCCAGAGCCUGGUGCUCCACUGCCCUUCCCUCCAAUGCUCACAGACCAAAUAGAGCUUUUUGGCAAAGAUUAUCGUCGCCCGACUACACUGGUUGCUGAUGAAAUCCUAGUUCCUAAAGUUAGUAUUGUUACCUCCACUACUACAAGAGCUUCAUCCACACCCACCCCUGAGUUUAAACUUGCAAAGCGGCCACUCAAGCAUUCUGAUCAUGGUUCCCCUCCAUACCUGAAGAAGGUUUCUUUUAUGUGUUCCCAUUCUCGAACACCUAUGCCCUCAGAUUCAGAGGGCUCUUCAGAUGUGUUUUCUGACAGCGACUCCUUGACUUCAAGCAUAAAUUUAUCAGAAGACUCAAAAAUACCUAAACCUGCCGGUGAACCUGGACGUCCAGGGCAUGGAUGGUAUACACUUUAUGAGGCUCUAGAUUGGAAUCCAAAGGCAUUUGCAAAGUUCAAGAAAUGUAUGCAUCACCUUAUUGAUGACCACCUUGACACGUCAAAAUGUGCUUCUGCCCAAAGUCCUAUGGUCUUACAAACUGUAUGCAACAAGGCUCUUGACGAAUUCCCAGACCUCAAAAACUAUAGCAACCUAUGGCCAGUCAAUAAUAUGAUGAUGACAUGCCUGAAAUACACAUCCUCUCACACUUGA